CCCUAUUUGCAGGAUGGUCCUGCAACGAAAUGCUGCAGGAUGGAAAACGCCUCCAGAACCAACCCACCACAAACCCAGAACCAAGCAGCGAACCAAGACACACAGAAACACAGUGAGACACAGACACCUGCUCCACAGACCACGACAGACCACACAGGAGAUCCCUCAUGGAUAUUAUCGGGAGGAAGCUGCCCUUGGGUGGAGAUGACGACCUGCUUUCGGACAGCAGCAGCGUCGUCGAAGUAGAGGGCGGCGCGGACGAUUCCACGAGGCAGCAGUCAAGCACACAAGACCAGCAGCAGCAACAGGAAGCUAGAGCAGGGGAAGGAACAGCAGGAGAUUCAGGAAUAGCCCCAGAGCAAAUGAUAGACGAAGGCGGAGGGAGUUCCUCGCUUGCGGAGAGAGGAUCGGGGAGCGCGGAGCAUUCGGGAAGCGUGGAGAAGGGAGCAGCACCGAGUAGUCCCACGAAGGAAAAAUGGGUGUACAGCGCUGACGCCCUGAGGAGGGAUCUCGAAAACAUCCCCACACAGGAGGACAUUCCCCAGCUAGUAUCGGCCGUGAAGGACGUGUGCGAAGAGCAUGGGGUCAAGAUGGCCGUGUCCACCUCUACUAAGGAGAAGGGGGGCGGCCGACUGGUCUCGACGACGUUGCUAUGCGUACAUGGCAUGCCGCUGCGCAAAAAAACAGCAAGUAGUGGCAACAACACGAAGAGCCGGAAAAGCGACAGCCAGAGGACCGGCUGCGGCUGCAAGAUCAACAUUCGAUGGCCGAUAAAGACCGACGUCUACAAGCACCCACGGCUGACAACGAUGGAGUUGGAGCACCUGCACGCCGUCGACAAAGAGGCUGCGGAUGUUCAACAAGCACAGAAGGGACCAUUGACUACCCCAAUGAAGGCCACUUCAGCGAAGCUCACUGAUGCUGGAUUGAAACCGGCCGCGCAAGCGGUCGUCAUCGAGGCUCUGCAUGACCGAAGAGUGCACCCCCGGACCAUGCAGAACGAUGACGACAUCGUGAGGACGCACACCCGUUCGACGCUCAAGACUUGUUGCAGAAGGCGUCGUGUCCAGGCAUGCACAAAGGACGGAGGAGUGUACAAGGUCAAGCUCGACGAGAACGGACGUCUUUCUCACCUCUUCUGGAUGACAGCAGAGCAGAUUGCUCUUGCGAGCCGAUACGGCUCCGUACUCCUGUAUGAUGAUACGGCUGUCAAGAACCGGUAUCGUCUUCCUCUCGGUCUUGGUGUCGUAAUCGAUGGAGAAUACUUCUCGCGUAUUGUCUUCCAGUCACUUACGGUAGACACUACCGCAGUCACAUUUGAGUGGGUACUGGAGGAGUUCAAGGCUGCCCGGGGGGCGGCUCCUGAUAUGUUCCUGCAAGAUGCGGACGCGGCCAUGGGCCUGGCAGCGGAUAAGGUUUUCCCAGAUGCUAGGAAACGGCGAUGCAUGUGGCACCUUGGUCAAAACCUCAUGAAGAACCUGAAGAAGGUGCUGGGGUCAGCGUUCCAGGCGUUCCUCGAUCAAUUCUACAAGACUCGUGGCCGGCUCACGGAAAGUGGGUUCGAGGAGGAGUAUGCCAAGCUGGUCGAGACGUUCCCGAAGGCGAAGGAGUACAUGGCCUACCUUUACAAGGACCGCGAGCGCUGGGCAGUCUACAGCUCGGUCCUGGUCUUCAGUGCCGCCUCUUACACCACCAACAGGGUCGAAUCGAUGAACGCUCAGGCCAAACGUGUCUUGAACUCACAGGCAAGCCUGGUUCGUGUCUUCAAGUUCCUUUCCGAUGCCAUCGAGAAGCAAGCAGCCCGCGCAGAACUUCGCAGCGCCCAGCUACGCCUUCCAUCGGUGUCAACUCCGGAUACGGCCACGUACUGGUUCGGUGCGGCACUGACGACGCCGUGCAAGUUCGCGCUGGGCGUGUGGGCGUAUAAGUUCAUGAUGGACGAGGUCGCCAUGUGCGCCACGUUCUGCUCGAGUCCUAGCAAUGCACUGCUUGAAGGGGCUUCCCGCGAUGACGCGCUGGGCAAAUUUGAGUACAUUGGUAUGAUGGUCGUUAACGUCGAGACUGUCGCUGUGAUAGUGGAGAACCACGACGGUACAGACAAACGAUAUAUAGUCCUGGGCAUGACGGACGGCAGCCACCUCUGCUCGUGCCGCACGCUGCAAGAAUUAGGUCUUUGCUGCAGGCAUUUUUGGGCGGCGAUGCGUCUUAGUCGCAGGUACAAGUUUCACGUUGGCAUCCUUAACCAGCAUUGGCUGGCCGAGCAGGGGCGGAAGCCCACGAGUGAGUGGCCAGAGGGGGCAAAGCCCACCUGGGCCGUAGCCCUAAACCACAAGGCCCUAUCUGAGGGCGAAAAACAGGCCCCGCUUGUCGCCACCGGCAGGCUGCAGUGUGCCACCGAGGGCGACGAGGGGGGAGGGGGAGCGGGGGCGGGGGUGCAGUGGGAUGCUGGUAACGUGACGAUUGAGUCUUCUCUAGUGCAACUGAAGGAGACCGGGCCCACCCCGCAAGACCGCCGAUUUCUCUACGUAGACUGCCUCAAGGAGGCAACAGCAGCUGUAAGCUUGGGGGUAGAGACUGUGCCUCCCGAAGCCCUGCGGGCACUAGUGCGGCAAUUUAAGCAGGGAGUGCACCAGGCGUCGAGGAUAGGAUCGUCCGCAGGAUUGGCGGUGGCAAAUCCAGCUGUCGUCCGCCUGCCGACGAGCAGAGACACCGGCAAACGAAAAAGGGCGUCUCACGAGGGGGGUGCUGUGGUUGGAGCGGCUAGACGGGCGUACAACCAAAGCUACAGUUAAUUGCAGGGCCCAUGCGUGCAGUGAGUGACACGCAUCGUAGAAGCCCCGGCGCUCGGCCCCACAUGGUUAGUCUCGGGCCGUCGUCGGCGUUCGUGUUGGUGUGCGUGCUGGCGUGGCGAAUGGGAGUACACUAUUUUCUUGGUUUCCGGUUGGGCUGGAGACUCGCAAGUAAAUAUUUGGGGUUAUCAUAGACCGGAAGGAUGCCGGACGUGGAGGUGUGGUGUUUCAUGUGCGUGUGCCUGUGCUUGUUCCGAUUGUAGGAUUAAACUUGCAAUUUUAAACGACAGAGGGUGUCCUCAACUUGUGGGCACGCCGGCCGCACGCCGCAAGCGAUUGACCAACACCACAUGGCUGACGCUCAUUUCCCGUAAUAAUAAUAUUUCGACCCGCCUGCUUUCAAGUUCUUCAUGCCAACUUGUUCAUUGCAUUGGCGAACACCCAUCCGCUCAUUUCCUUUACCAAAGCCCCCCCCCACCCCCGUACUUUACACAGUAGUGGCCUAAAAAAAAAUGUUGUCACAUAAAAAAAGCGUUUCGAUCUCACUACCCAGCUUUCAUAUGCAUAACUGUCCGUACUGAUCCAAUACUUGACGCGGUCGAUUCCCAAGGUCACAGGCUAACUUACCCUAAAAAGGUACACUCAAAAAAAUGGACGCGAGGGGUCCGCGAGCCAAUUUAUAUCAACCACAGAUGCUGCCGCUGUAGUCUGGAGCCCUCUGCUGCUCCCUCUCUCUGUGCGCGUGUGUGUGAUUUCGUCCUACUUUUUUCGUGGUGAGACGUGUACUAGUCUACACUUUUCAGUGUGUGUAGAGUACACUUGGUUCAGUGUGUUUUUGCGUACAACCUACAACACGACAGGAGGGGGGUAAACACCGACACGCUGAUAAUGUGUCUCUCUACACGCUAUGUGAGGUAAGAACUGGAACUGGAAGUCAGCAUCACGGGGCGGAGACAGAGAGAGGUACAUCCCCUGGUUCAACCUUGCAUGUCUGCUGUGUGGGCUGUGUGUAGUCUGCCCGGUUGGGGGCUGUGUGUUUCGUGCUGGUUUCGUGUAGUCUGUGGAGCAGGUGUCUGUGUUUCACUGUGUUUCUGUGUUUCUUGGUUCGCUGCUUGGUUCUGGGUUUGUGGUGGGUUGGUUCUGGAGGCGUUUUCCAUCCUGCAGCAUUUCGUUGCAGGACCAUCCUGCAAAUAGGGUCUCCCAAUAAUCACAAUGAAUAGUACUAUCUGCGUGUCCCCAACUACGGGACUCCGCGGAAUCAGGGCCUCUUUGGUUUUGUUUUCUUAGUUCGACACAACGAAUCCAUCUCUAUCUAUCAAUAGUCCGUUUUGCUCUUAGUUCGCGGCGUUCUUCUAGCAGCUUUGAGAGCACAACAGCAGCACCCAGCACAGCACCUCAACAGAGCAAGGCAGAGGAAAUUCAUUGACUACAGAGCGAGGCAAGGGUAUCUAUAUUCAUAGACACCGGUGGUAACGGCCGAGAGAGAUCCUGAGGACGCGCGUGCGCAGCGGCCUACUGCUGUACUUGCUACGACAAAGUUGCGCACCCGAAGACUUUGUUCAACCAUGGCCGAGAUUUCUACCGAAGACGCCGUGGAGCAGCUGCACCAGAUGUUCGGCGACUACGACAAGACGGCCCUUGCUACUGUUCUCGAGGCACACGGUGGGCACGUGGAGCGCACGGUGGAACACCUACUCAGCAACCCGCAAGCUGCUUCAGG